AUGAGAGAUCGGCCCGUCAUCAGCAUCGAAAAUUACACCAUAUGCUGCGGCGAUGCUGAUGAGAACAAAGUAGGUGGCUGCGCGAUAGCUGUGAGGAACGAUUACAAGAACCUGGUGGAGGAAUUUGGCUCAACGUCGUCUAGAUGCGCCUUUUUACCACUGCGGGAUCGCGGAGGAUGUAAACUCUGGAUCGUAAGUGUUCACGCACCUACGGAAACCGCUGAGGACAACAGUAAGGACGCCUUCGAUGAUGAACUCAAUGCGCUGAUGUCUAAAAUACCAAGCCAGCAGGUGGUCAUUGUCGGAAUCGACGCAAAUACGAAGAUGGGACUCGAACAGCAAUCCGAUGUGCUAAGAAAAUGGUAUUAUCCAGCGGAGCGCACGUCGGACAACGGUGACCGUCUGGACGACCUGUACGAAAAGACGGGCCUUAUCAUCGCUUCUACGUUUAAGAGGAAUCAUCGACGCCAUCAGCUCACGUGGCAGAGGUCAACCCUUUUAACGCCUGAAGAGCGGAAGAUGAAGACUCUUAAGCUUCAGCUCGACUACGUUCUGGCGAGGAACAUCCCUCAGUUAGAUAUCCGAAAAUCUAGAGCUGUUUGGGACGUCGCGUUCGACUCUGAUCACCGUCCAGUUCUUCUCAGCUUCAAGAUACGGUUCCACAAGAGAAAUCGAGGAGUUCCUCUUCAACCGAAAAUCGGCAUGGCAGGUCUGAAAGACGAAGAGUGCAGAACGAAAUUCCGCCAGUGUGUGUCUCUUCAUGCUGAAGUACGGACCAGAAAGAAACUUAGCGAUGCGGAUCACUUCACAAAGUGCAUCCAAGAAGCUGCAAGGGAAACGUUCCCGGUUCUAUUGCCGUGGAGAAGUUUGCCUUUGCAUCCGCUGAAACAAAAUCCACGUACAAUUCUAGCGAAGGAGUUUGAGAAGGCGUGGAAGGACAGGAACCCGCGGAAAGCCUAUGCUCUACUAAAACAGUAUAGCGGCAAAAUGAAAAGAUGUUCUCCUGUCCUCAACACUGCCACUGAAGCUGUCGGUGAAGCAGCCCUUCCAAUCUGGAGGGAACACUUCAAGAACUUGCUGAACCGACUAGCACCGUCAGCUCCUGAAGUCGAACACGUUCAUAGACCGACAUAUGCUGUUAACGAGGAGCCACCGAUCGAGUCGGAGGUCCUGGUCUGUAUUGAAAAAAUGAAGGAUGGAAAAUCUGGUUGA